AUGCUUCGUCUCCCUUCGUCUAAGCAGGCAGCUAUAGCUCCAACUUCAGGUGCCACCGCUACGGAUAUGUUCGCUGCAAAACCCGCCAGAAAGUCGCUUUCCCCAAGCAGAGAUGCCGUGACGCUGGAGCUUCGCCCUGGCAUGUUUCGCCUCGCGUGGGUUCUCGUCGUAGCUGCGCACAUGCUCUGUGGGAUGUACCUCCUCAUCUUUGCAGCCACUUACUACUACCUGACGGACCCGAUCAUGGGCUACUACGUCCAUCUAUGGGCCCCCACAACCGGAAACCAGAACUACGGAUUGUACGCCUUGGUGUUCGCCUGCAUUUACUUGCUCCACUUGAGUCGGAUGCCCAAGCUCGUCUACCGCUCCAUCCGAGAGUGCCAACUCGUCUUCAAGCGCAGGAAAAGGCUCACGAUGGUCCACGUCAAAGUUACGGGGUCGAAACGAUUGAUCACUAGGCGUGCUACUGGGCUAUUUAGCCCUAUCAAGCGGACGUGGAGAGCUCUAUUCUCUCGAGAAGGACUCUUUGGCGUCGAGAACCAGCAUUUCCUCACCGUUUACGUCUUCCGCGAGUUCCUCGAGCUGUCAAGCCAGACGUACCAAGCGUACCAGUACAGUCGCUUCCUGCCGCGAGUGUGGCUCAACACUCUCUUGGUGGCGAUGCUGCUGAUCAACUGCUGGUCCACACUCGCAGUGCAGCACUUUCUGGGCUCGAAGCCCGCUCUGGAGCGCGUUGUGGCAAUAUCAGCGGACGCAGCGAUCUCCAUCGCCAUGUGCGUCAUCGUGCCUUGUAUGCUGGUGGCUCCGUACGCCAACGCCAUGGACACCAUGUUUAUCACGAGUGUGAAGGCUAACAGAGUGGUGAAAGUGGUGAUUGGUCUGUGGGGGACGGUCAUUAUGGUGUUCCACCUCCGCGCUGUCAUUCAGUCGCACCUGACCUUCAUCGAGGGCUGUCGCGCCUUCACCCGCCCGUGGUUCACUGGUCGUUCUUCCUGCGUGAGCCUCGUUAUCAACUGCCACGCUCGAGGCAUCGAGUCACCGGACGACGGAUUCCUCCAUGCCAUUGAUGAGACCGCGCUAGCCACGCUCACAUUUACGCACUGUCCCGGUCUGAACAUCCCCCCAGCGAUCCAGAGGUUCAGCAACCUCAUGGUCUUCCACAUCUACAACUCGACCAUCACCGAGUGGAGUGGAGACGCGAACUCCAUCUCGGCCACCGCCCACCCUCGCCUAUUCGUCACUGCAGUCGCCCGACCGCACUUCCCAUUGGGGUUCCCAGCGGGACUGUUGCAGCCGCUUCCGGACUCGCUACUCAGCAUCCAGUUCUGCGUCACGGACGUCACUUCACUGCCGGACGACCUCCCAGCUCGCUGGCAUCCCAUGGCUGUUGUAGCCUUCGAGUACGGAGAACUCACUGAGAUCCCAGCGUCGCUACUGUCGCUGCAAGUGUUCACUCUGUCGCUGAAAGGCAACAGGAUCGAGACCAUCCCGCAACUUAUGGAGAUGGCUCCAGACUUGGAGGUCCCCGAGCUGUCGCUGACUGAAAACCCGCUGAAGGAGCUGCCCGAUAAGUUGGGAGCCCCCACGACGUUCAUCGACCGGUUGGACCUGCAGGGAACCAACUUGACCACGCUGCCGGCCUGGACGCAGACGCAGGUGCGCAAAACCAACUACAUGCGCGGAACUCCGUACUGCGCCACGGUGGCGACGGAGCUCCUGCCUGCCAAUGUGCAGUGCGGACCCCGAUCUGUAUUAGACCUGAACUUGGACUUUCCCCUCGGGUUUAUUGAUGAAAUCUACGCCAUCGACCGGAAGUAA